CAGAGUUCCAGGCAGUCUAUGGCAACCAACAACAACACAAAGUCAGCUAACCUUUGACAACGCUGUCAUGAAGAGAUUCUCACUUGUAUCAGCUUGCCGUAAUGUUGGCUCCAUCGGGAUCACCGUCUUCAUUGGAUUUGGAUUGUAUGGCAUUUAUGAAUUCUUCUUUGGAUCUCUCCCAGUACACACAGUUGAAUUCUACCAGGAAAAUACAACAGUGCCUUUCCCAUUUCAAGACCAUGGAGAGAGGAUAGUGUCUCAGUACAUGCAGAUUGGAGAGAUCCUACCAAACUGUGGCGUGAAUUAUGUCUGUCCGCACGACCACUUUCCCGUUCACGUGUACAGCGGCAAGAGUAAAGAUGAUAUGCCAAAGAUAUGUGUAUCAGGAAAAUAUGUUAUCCAAAAAGAUAUCAAUAAUGGUGGACGAGGGAUGAACUUGGUGGUUGUUGACUCAUAUCGGAUGAAGCCAGUAAAUGCACGUCGCUUUGAUACCUACGCAAUGGACUCCAGUGAGAUGGAGCUGUUCCUGAUGCGUGAAGUGCGGCAGGGAGACAUACUCAUUGCUAUGACGUUUGAUGAAGCCUCAAGAAACUUAGGAGUCAUGGCUAAGAAUUUACUUGCUGAUUUAGGCAGUAGCCAGGUUCAAAACUUACAGUUCCGAGGUCAGUGGUACAUGAUCUCACAGCGAGGGAUGAAAGGCUUUUCACCUUAUGAGAUUCUGAAGGCUUCCAAAGGUGGUUUGUGGUCUCCGAUUGAUGAACACCUCUGCGUGCCUCAUCAAUUGAAAGGACGCAUCAUCAUGCCGGACCCAAAGGUGAUGCAGAAUAAUGCUCGGACAAAAUUCUGUGAACAGCACUCCUACAUCUCUGACUUCUGUUCAGUUGAUCAGCGGAAUAUGCCACUCAAACCUGCAAUGCUGACAAACCGACAGUUAGUUGGCAGUGCAAUGUUCAUGACUCCAAUUAUGGUGGUUGCUGGGAUGUCUCUCUCCUCAUUAACACUGUCAUUAGAGACUCUACUGAGUCAACCAGGGAUACAACCCCGCUACGUGGUGGUGGUGUAUAAUCCUGAACUCAUUAAGGAUGUGGCUCAGCUCUGUCAGCUCUUUGGGUUUAAUGCAAAAGCCACCAGUGUGAAAGAAUACCACAGAAUAAUGGCAGUGGUGUUUGAGACAGCUCAUGCCCUAUUUCCUGGGUCAUCAUAUGUGACAGUAUUAGAGGAAGGUUUACUGUUAGCUCCUGACUUCAUGGCUUACACUGCCAGUGUCCUGCCUCUGCUCUAUGACCCCACCAUAUUAGCUGUGUCUGCCUGGAAUCCUAAUGGUUUUCCAAAUGUGUCAUCUCGGCCUGAUAUUGUGUACAGGGUGGAGGAUUUCCCUGGUCAAGCAUUCACAAUACGUAUGGCUACUUAUAUAAAGGAACUAAAACCAAACAUGAAACAGUGUUGUAACAAACGUGGCUGGGAGGGCUGGUUAGAGCUUGGCCGUUGGGAAAGAGAGACAGUCGUACCGGAUGUGUCACGUGUGCUGCGUCGUCCAGUGGGGCCUGACCUUGAACCAGUCACACCAUUGAUCAGUUCUCUCUUCCACCGUCUUCGUGCUACCAACCUAGAGAUGACCUCACCCCUCAGCAAUGCAGACACUCUCACUGCUGAACGAUAUGAAAAUCGUUUGAUGGAGCUAUUGAAUUCCAGUCAUGCUCACAUGGUCAAACUAAGCAAGGAGGCAGUUGUCAAGUGUGCUACAACUGAGUCCUUCAGUAAUUUAAAAUUAGUCUUUGAUGACAAGCAAGCAGUUUAUGUUGUACCAUACAAGGAGCUGGACUUGACAGGAUAUGGGGGCAUGAAGUUACUUUGUCGUUGUUUUGGACUCUUCUAUGAGGAACACUCCACACCACGAGGGUUGCAUCGCGGCAUGUUGCGGUUCAGCAUGAAAGGAAAUGAUAUAAUUUUUCUUAGCAAUAAGAAUCAACAUUUUCUGAUGCCACACUACAAUGGAACUUCACUUGGCUUACCAUAAGUAUUGGUAAGAGAAGUUGAUGGAAUGUGAUAAUUCUUACAGUACAGGUAUUACAAUUUACAGCACAAACUUCUAACUUGGCACGCUUCAGAUAUUGUAUUAGUCUUUUAGCGGCGAAAUUCAAGUGUCUGAAAGUUUUAAUCAGUAAAAAUGUAACAAAAAAUUAUGUGUGGCUCUGGUAACCUGACAUAUAUUUUUCACCCACCGAUUAUGAAUUUUUAGGCUAUAAACCCUUUAUGUAUAGGGUCCCCUCUGAGCUGAAUAAAAUCGUCAGGCAUUACCCAAAAUAAAAUAUCAAAAGUGAUGUCCCUGUAGUGAAGGGGUUAGAAGAAAAUUGAGGCUCAUUUCUUGUGCCUUUACCUGAUACCAGAACUACAGAUACUUUUGAGUUCAACUUAAUAAGAAAUGAGUAAGUGAUAAUAAGCAGAGCUGUUGUUCAUGCAGAGUUUUAUUUUGAUGUAACAGAUUGCAAUACCUGUAUAAAGUUUAGCAUUUCCACACAAAAGGGAUCAAAUGAUUUUUAAGGGAACACAUUCUUCCAGCAAGGUUAGUAUUCCUAUUUAUUAGGUGUGGUAAUGUGUGAUUGACAGAUUUAUUUCAUGUUUUUCAUUAUGAUGAGGGUGAGUUUUCACCAUGUCAUUCUAGUCAUUGCUAGACAGAUCAUCUCAAAUGUGUAAAGUGAUAAUCCAGCUAGAAGGAAAUUAUGUACUGUACUGGUCAUUAGUUUAUAUGCAUUCAGUGUGUGACUCUUGUUAUAUAUGAAAACUGAACUUAUUUGUGAAGAAUUAGGUUCUUGAAAAGUAUGUUGAUUAAUGAACUUUUUUAUAUAAAUUUUUUUUUUAUUAAUUGACUUCAUUUCUUCAUACAGUGGGGUAUGGUAUAACCAAUCUAAUUGGUUCUAGAACCUUGU